GCUGCUGGAGUUGAUACCCGAGGCGAAACAAAUGUUCUCCAUGACGCGCCGAGCCAAGGAGCCGCACCGUGAGAACAAGCUGCUGCAGGCACAUGCCACCACGGCCAUGCGCAUGGUGUGUGCAGCAGCAGUGAAGCUGGACAAGCACAAGGAGGUUCGUCCUGUCCACAAUGACUCUCGUAUCCACUUGUUCCGUCUUUAUGUCUUCCCCUCCCCUCCCAAAACCCCUCAUGCGAACUCCCUACAGAAGCUAAGAGCCGCCUUUGUGGCUGUGCUCUCAGAUGCUCUGGGGGAGGAGUGGGGAGGAGAAGUGGAGAAAGCUUGGGUGGCUGCUUACAAUGCCAUAGAGUACAUGUUCCUUGUUGGAUUUCUAGGUCUGCAAGAAUAG